GAACUGGGUUGACAGAUGAUCGAGGUCAAGUCGAUCGGCGAAACCUGUCACCGACCAGCCAUAUAUCUCUGGCUCUUGCCCGUUCCUCGAUUGCCGUCCUGCCGCCUCAGCAUCAGAUAGAAUGCUCGACAAUAUCUCGGCUUUGCCGGAUGCCCCUGACGACGCCUCUCUACAUGGGGCCAAAGUGGCUCUCCCGGCGCUCAGCGAUUCGGAAAGCUACCUCAGUAGCAUCGUCGCUACAAUGCUGUAUUGGCGCAAGCUCGCCAUAGUCAUGUCUGCCAAACACAGCAUUGACGGACUCAAACAAGUUGUGGUCUGGCUCACGGACCUCUGUCAAAAAGCCGGCAAGCAUCUCGGCUCCCUCCGUCGCUCGGUCCUUGCAUCGCCAACGCACUGCCAGCUUUGCUGCGACGCUGGUCUGCUCUCGGCUCCCGACUGCUCCUUUUGCAUUAGCAGAGAUCCGUGGCCACCGCGGCUCCAGCAACGCAUCACCCUCAUGGCCAACAUCAUGGCUGAUGUACUGACCAUCUGUUGGAUGGAAAUCGAGAAGGAGAAAGUCUUUGGGGCCGCUAUCGUGCACUUGGCUCAAGCGUCGGUGCUGUCCAGCAGCUCCAGCUGCGUGAGCCGCUACCUGUCUGGACAGGUCCAAUCCUUGAAUCUGGCAUCUAGUAUCGACGGUACCCCGCUCUUUAUCGCACCCAGCAUCACCGACAGCGAGCGGUACUCAGGUAACCCCGUUUGGACCGAAGCUCGACUCCCUUGUCCCCCAGAGCCGAGCAACUCUGUUCCAAUUAACACCGCAUUGAGCCACUCGGAUGAUGCUUCCUCGGUCCACUCGGAAUCCACCAUCAUCAUCAACACCCAAGAUGCCUCCAAAGACCCGAGUUCAGUUGCAGUAAAUCAGCCUUAUCAGCCGGCGCCUUUCAAGAGGCCCGGAGAGUCGAAAUCAUCGAGCAAGACAUCCAAGAAGCCUCCUCCUCCUCGAGCCCAAGCGACCAAGAACACUCGGCGCCAGCGCCCGAAUCACUCCGACGAAGCCAGGGCCAUCCUCACAUCGUGGCUGAUGGAGCAUCAUGACCACCCAUAUCCAAGCGAUUCGGAGAAGAACAGACUCGCAAAUGGCACGGGGCUGAGUAUCCAACAGAUCAAUGACUGGUUCAUCAACAGCCGCCGGCGACUUCUCAAGAAAAAGCCAAAGAAGCGCAAGAAAUCCGAGUCGCGCUCGAUUGAGGAUUGCAUUUGACGGCGGAGUGGAGUCUACAUAUACAAGAUGGAGUCGGACACUUUGGGCUUGAUGUCGCCGACGCAAGAGCCAAUGUGGAUCGCUUUUGAGGGACUGGAGCCAGGGUCUUCGUUUGUGAUUCCCGUCCCUGAAUACAGCACGAGCAUGCAGCAAC